AAAUGAGUAAUUAAAGAUGGCGGAAGAUGGUGUUAGCUUAGAAGACGAAUUCUACAAGAAACUGUUGUUAGAAAAAGCCAAAAAGCUAGAAAAUGCACCUCCUGAUAGGCACGAAUUUGUACCAACUCCACAAUUUGUUAUGAAAUUGCGAAACAGUAAAGAAGAGAAAGUCUUUAUCAAUAUUUGUACUUCAGAGAAAAUCCCUCCAGCUAAAGAUGUAACGGAGGAAACUUUAGUUGAAGUUUUGGAAUCUGAGGACCCUACUCAAUAUCGUGUACCUAUGAGUCUUGGAGAACCUCAUGUCGAAGUUGAUAAUCGUGGCCAAGGUGAGGGUCCUAUGUUUUGAAUGUUCUUUUCUUUACAGAGGCGUAGUCUUAUAUUAAUUUACUGUUGUUGUGGAUGCCGUGUGCCACUUUAAUAAAGCAAUCUGCAUACUUGCAUACUCAAGCGCUCUCCACUCACUAUUUUUUUUAACUGUGAUAUUUCUAAAACUCUUUUGCUCAUUUCAGGUUGCACAGCAUAUGAUGUGGUUAUAAAUCCAACGUUUUACAACAAGAUUCAAAACAGUGAACUCUUCAAAAGCUUCUUCUUGACAAUUGUUUUUGAGGGACUUGAAAGUAAAUAUGAUAUGGAACUAGAAAGGAAAUGGACUGUACUGAAGAACAAAAAAUGCAUGGGAGUUCUUCAGCCCCAUUGCAUAAGGAGCAAAAGUAAACCAGUAAUAAUGGAAAUGGAAAGUGAAAUAAAACCACUUACAAAACCAGGUAGUAUUAGAAGCAAAGUUUUUUAUUUAAACCUUUUGGGCCAGUGAUUUGCAAGUGGUCUAACCCAGUUUUACACAAGCAGCGUACAAUACUUGUUGUUACAUUAUUCGGUAAAGUUUCCGCACAGCCCCAUACUACAUUAUGCAUUCAGUUCUUGGAUAGAGAAAACAAUGCCAAAAACAAUACAUUGCCAUUGGGAAAACAGAUUUGUUUCACAAUAGUAUAGGGCUGUGUAGAAAUUUUGCCCUUUAUUCUUUUGAAACUGAGACAAGCUAUCACAGUUAACCCUUUCACUCCCAAGAUCUUAUUAGUAAUUCUCCUUACUGACUGCUACACAAUUCUUAUGAUGUUAGUUCUGAAAAUAUGAUAGUGGAUCAACUAAUAAUCCCCUAGUUUAUAUUUUUGUUCAUUCUCUUAACUUGUUUUCUUGAAUUUGUAUGAUAAUGUAACGAGGAAUUCUGUCUUGGUUACUCAUGGGAAUUAAAGGGUUAAAGGCCACCAGGCUCACAAGGCCAAGAUGAACCAAUCCCUCAACACUUUACUUCUCGUAGUUCUGCUAGGGAAAAGGUUGGGGAAUAAUAACUCAGCAGUGAAGAAGCUGGGGUCUGGUCUAAAACAGGAACAAGAAUUAAUAAAAAGGAGAAAUGUCAAGAAAUGGAAAAAUAUUUUUGAGCUUUAGAAUAAGAGGUUAAUAACAAGAUAUUUUAAAACUAGAUCAAGAGUUGCAAAUACCCAAGAUAAUUAUUUCAUGAUGAUAGUUAUCAUGAUAAAAGCAGGGAGGAUAUGAUUAUAUAAUAGUACUGCUUUAUUUUCACUAUGUAUUUUAGAGCCAAUCACACCAAGUCUACUCAGCUAAAUCUGCCAAUCACAGAUUUGAUCAUAAUAACCAUAGCAACAACCAUUUAUCCUAAGAAAAUCUGGAGAAUUUCCAAAAUGGAGGAAGUAUUAACUUAAGAAAUCGUUUCCUUUCAAAAUAUUUGUGGAUGUAGAUGUAUUUUUGUUUUUUCGGAAAUUGUAAUGUUUAUGGUUGAUUGGUAACAGGACUUCAUGUCAUUGAAUUCUGUCUGCAAUCAUGCUUAUGAUUAACAAAUCGGAUUCCCACUUGGUGGUUGUUUGAUUUUGGUAAUCACUUGUAUGAUUCAGACCAAAUUGGACACCACUCAGUCCUAUUACCAUUAAUAAUAAUAAUAAUGAUGAUGAUGAUGAUGAUAAUAAUAAUGCUGGUGCUAUCAAUCAUCUCUCAUCAUAUUGUACCUCAAUUUCUACUACAUGUACAUAUAAUCAAUUUUUUUUUUUUGACCCAAAAAACUAAUUUAUUUUAUGGCUUGCUCGCAAUUUCCCUGGACACUAAUGUGUAUACCAUAGAUCAAGUGUGGUUACUUUAAUGUUAUGGAAGUAACCACACUAGAUUUACAGUAUACACAAACUAUCUGUACAGUGAGUGAAUUUUCAAAAUUAUUUAUCAUUCUUAAGAAACAUUAAAAAUGCUGUACUGUGGUGCACCUUUAUUUACUUUUUAUCUCUGUUUCCUCCUUAGCAGAACCUAAAAUGAUAGAGGUAGUACAGGACUCCAAAUCAAGGGCCUUGACUCCAAAGUAUAAUAUAAUAAGGGAGCCAUCAGAUGGAAAACCAGAGUUUUUGGUCAUUGAGAUUAACCUCCCAGGAAUUGUGAGUAAGGACAAAUAACUUUUUAUCAAGGUGGAGAUGACAAACAACUGUGAUGUGAUGCGCUAUUUGGGGUGUUGAAAGUUUCUUGUUCUCUUUUUAACCCUUAAACUCCCAAGAUCUGAUUGUUAAUUCUCCCCUCUAGCGGCUAGACAUUUUCUUGUAAGCUAAUAACAAAACUUGGUGUUAGAUCAAGAUGAGUAUUCUCAUUACCUGUUUACUGGAUAAUAUAUUAAUAUUGUAGGGAGAGGUUACAUACUGAUCACUUCUGGCAGUGAAAGGGUUAAGAUUACAUUUUGUGAGUUUUAAACCUUUUCAUGGGAUUAGUUUAAGCUACUUGCUUGUAUUAUUUAUUCUUUCUUAUAAGAAUUCAGUGUUUGUUAGUGUUAGUCUUGAAGACUUAAAAAUGAAAACUAGACAAGCUUAGAUUAAUACUCCCUUCAAAGGAAAUUGCUCAUAUAAAUAAAUAGCUUGUAAACAUCCUGCUCCUAUGAUUGGGCAUCUCAAGAGAUCUUAUAGCAGCAAGACCAUCUGUCUACUGAGCUGGACUUGAUGUGUCCAAGGAAAAUGCUUUUUCUUUGUGAUGGAGAGAAAUCCUGGUUUUCUCCAUGAAAGAUUGAAACAAAAUAUUGUUGUUACAGUAUCCUUCCUGGAGCUUUCAUGGAGUUGUGGCUAGAAAUGGAUAUGAAUGCGUACAUUCAUAUUGUUUCAUUUUGUUUUAAACUUUUUCAUAUUUUUCCUAUUCAAUUCAGAAGUCAACCAAGGACACCACUCUUGAUGUUGGUGAAGACAGAUUAGUCCUGAGAGUCAAUCCUGACAAGUACCAACUGGAUCUUGACUUACCUUUUGAUGUUGAUAAUGACACAUGUGGGGCACAGUAUAACAGGAAAACAAAGGUGAGGUACCUUGUAUCAUAUUUGGCUUAUUAUUGUUACAUCUGUUUCAUUGAUGCCUGUUUGCUUUUUUCCAAAAUAUCCUAGCAUGAUAAGGCCAUAUUAGUCCUUUUUAACUCCACAAUCUUAAAAUCAGUUAUCUGCAUCUUUUUUGUUGUGUUCAUCAUGACUAUAGAACUGAAAAUUCUGUUGGGGUUGUGUCAAUCCAUAACACCUGGGCCCAGUUGUUCAAAGGCCGAUUAGCUCUAACCCAGAGUUAAAUUUGAAUCCAGCUUUCUUAUUUCUUUGUUCAAAAGUCUUUUGGGGAAAAUUUUCACUAUUCUGUUUAGAACAUCCAAUGAUCAAAUUGCAAGCAAAAAGAUUUGAACUGAAUUUCCCUUAAAGUUUUCAGACCUGAAAUCAAAUUUCACACUAACCCUAGGUUACCUUAACCCAGCUUUGAACAACCGGGGCCUGGUUAACAUUUCUAUUUCUUCUUAACCCUUUGACCUUUGACACCUGAUAGUGACUAGCAUCCAUUUUCACCUUGCAAUCACACAUUAAGGUCAGGAGAAUAAAGGAAAUGAUCACUAACAAGAGAAGCUCUUGAUUGUUAAACAAAUUCUCCUUAUCAGCACCUUAGGAAAUUGUAUAGAGAACAGGAUAGAGAAUAUGUAAACUGAUGGUAGGUUGUAAAGGGUUAAAAUUUACCUACUUGAAAAUGAGUUUACGGUGUACAGGAAGACGAGUUCCAAGCAGGGUUUGAACACAAUGCACCUAUCAUAAAGUCACCUCACUUCCCUCAAAUGUGACGCAGACUUUUUCUUUUAUUUAUGCCAUGUUUAAUUUCUUUCCCCAGGUUCUUACUCUUACUCUACAUGUUCUCAGCAGCAGCUGA